AUGAUGCUGCUUGCGAUGGGGGCUGCCCUCACAGCUUUGUCCAUCCUGAAUGUUGUGUCUGGGCAGAUCGUUGAGGCAACCGAUUGGAGUUGGGCCGGAAUUCAGCCCAGGAGGGAGCUAGAGUGGCACAAGUGUUUCGACUGCGCUGGACAAUGCGAGAGCCGACUCGACUGUGCUCGUCUCGAUGUGCCGAUGGACUGGUCCAAUCCUAACGAUGACCGACGGGUGGUUCUGGCGAUUACCCGAAUGCCCGCUGUGAACAAGACCGACUAUCGCGGGCCUGGUGCCGGAGGAUCUGGUAAUUACGUGCUGCGACUCUAUGGCAAGUAUAUGCAGAGCGUUGUUGGUGAUAACCAUGAUCUCAUCUCAUUCGACCCCCGCGGCGUUGGCGCGUCGACUCCCCGCUACCAGUGCUUCGACCACCCUUCAGACAAGGCGACCUGGGACGCCCAGGACCCAGGCACAAUCGACGCGGACAGGUCCCUGAGCCUCGGUCCCCUCCUGUACGCCCGAGCCAAGGCCUACUCCUCCCUGUGCGAGCGGCAGGUACAGAAGAUGGGCCUCGCCCAGAACUCGGGUACGGCCUACAUCGCCCGCGAUAUGCUCGAGAUUGUCAACAAGGGGGACCCGGCGUUUCCUGACCUCAAGUUCUGGGGCUUCAGCUACGGCACGAUCAUUGGCGGCGUCUUCGCCGCCAUGUUUCCCGACCGCGUGGAGCGCAUCCUCAGCGACGCCAACGCCAGCUACCUGGAGUGGUUCCGGGGCGGGGAGCGGCAGUUUCUCGAUUCGGCCGAGGAAGUCAUGGACGCUUUCUAUUCCUACUGCCACAAGGCGGGAUCGGAACGAUGCGAGUUCUUUGACGAGUCGCCGGCAGCGAUUGAGAACAGGUUCCAUGCCCUGUUCGAGACGCUGAGGAGGGAGCCCGUUGUCGUGAAGCCCAAUAGAUGCACCGGGCCAGCGGUGCCGGAGCUCAUCACGUAUGCAAAGCUGAAGAUGCACCUUCGCGAGGCCCUUUACCAACCAUACUACGGAUGGCCGUACUUCGCGAAGAUUCUCGCUGCCCUGGAGCGAGGCGAUGGGAGACCCUUUUACGCAUUCUAUCACCCCACACCCCCGGCGCCGGCGGAGUCGUGCGAGGCGCCCGUGUCGCCGUUCGAGCCUUUGGAGGGCAUGACACCCAGCACGCCCGACGCGUAUCCCUUCAUGCGCUGCGCUGAUCGACCACAGGGCAGCAACCACACUCUCGAGGAGUUUGUGCAGAAUGCACGAGCUCUGAUGGACUGGAGUCCUUCGGUUGGGGCUGCCAAUCUGGAUAACAUCCUGCGCUGUGUCGGCCGCACCACGGAGCCCAACUACAGCUACAAUGGUAGAGCUGUGACCGUAUCCCAAAGGCCGUUGAUAGACUGA